GUGUGUGUGUUUAUGAUUUGGACAUAUAUGUUGCACAUGUUCAUGCACGUGUGUACAUGCUGAGUAUCCUGUAACUUUACUCUCAUUCUAUUCAUCCACCACCAUAUUCAGUCAUUUUCAUAGUUUAACAAGCAAAAAAUAAUCUAAAUCUUUCAAUGAAAAGUAAAAAAAAAACUUACAUAAUCUGUUUUUGUGAGUCAGAUCAUUAAUGUUAUUAUAAAGUCAAUGAAGUUGAUUUUCAUGUGCAGCAUGUGCCAUAGUUUGUUCCAUCUGUGAACCAAGAAACAGAGGCAAACACUUUCAUCUCUCUCCUGCUGUCAAUUACAUCAUUUCUUUUGUUUCUUGGGGGUAAAAGGAAAAUACUCUCCAUCCUCCUUCACUGUAAUAGCUCUUUCCAUUAGUCUCUCAGUAAGUCAGAGCACCUGUCUCUGCUCAGUCCUCACUCUGUCUUACAUCCACAGCCACCAGGGUGCUGUUUUAUCAGUCCCUUUACGACCUGUCUGCUUGGCCUGUUCAAUACGCUACAUGUCGGAGCAGAUGUAAAUGGCCUUUUAGGACACUCCUCUCUGCACUGGAGAGCUUCUACAGGACACAGUGGCCGGUGUGUGGUUUUGUUUUACGUCCCUGCAUUCGUGUGUAGGCUUUUAGAAAGAAUAUGUGAUGGUCUUGAUGAUGUCUGAGAGGCUUUGGAUGUAAAUGGGAGUUUAGUUGAGUUAAUGUUUCCUCCAACUGAAAUAACAGAUACACAGCAGACAGAGAUCCUUACACCACAGAGGAAUUGUCGGUAUGAAGAAGAUGAGAAAAGUAAUUUUAAAUUUGAUUUUUAUUGAGGAAUGAUUUGUUAGCUGCAACGUAAAACCACGCAAAUGUUUUCCACUCGGCUACGCCAAGACGGUGUCAUAAAGCACCAAUUUAUCUUACACACCCUCUGACCCUCUUCCUCCUUCCUCUCUGCCUCUGCAUUAUGGGAGCGGGUGGUUUAAAAACAGAGGUAUUUACGACUCAGCACUCUCCUCUAGAGUUCCUGGAGCUCCACAAAACAUGUGGGACUGGCAGUGUGACACCGCCGGUUUAAAGAUAGACAGGGUUUUGGUUGGCUAUCUGGCUAUUUUGUAUCAGGAUCCCUCUGUCUGUCUGCACACCUGCCUGUCUAUCUGUCUGUCUGUCUGACUUGAGCAGUUAAUGCAGGACUGAAUAUUGUAUAAGUGAACUGGGACUGUGAAACUGUUACUUCAGAUCCUUUACUUAAAUAACAGUUGAACAAUGUGAAAAUACUCAUACAAAAUACAAGUAAAAAUCUAAAUUCAGACUUAUUGCUUCAGAACUAAAAGAAACUGUCGCCAUCUAGUGGUCAAAAGGUGUAAUCAGCCAAUUUUAAGCCACAGGUGAUGAAUCAGUGUUGAUUAGAACACAGCAGCUCCACCUGUUGAAGAGGGAGAAUGGAGGAGACAAAAGCAGAACUUUGUACAGAGGAGCUGCAGCUUUUUACUUUAAUUUUUGAAGUCAAGAGAACUUCAGACAUGUCAGAAGUUCUGAGAGACACCGAUCACAAAGGGAAUUGCAUCCCAUCAGGCAGACACCUGGAUUUUUGUGAUGAAGAUUCAAAUGACCAUUGUGAGGAACCACAGCAGAACACGGAGGCAGGCACCAGAGAGCAAGAUAAUGACAAGCACAGGACAUUUGAUUUUAACACUCCCCAGACUAAAACAGAAGACAUUUCCAAGCCCAAUCACCACAACCCCAUGCUGAAAGGGAUGAAGGGCUAUCAGCUGACAGCAGCUGACUUGGCAUUUAUUGAAAAGAUGAAGGAGGAGAAACUUGUUAAAAAACUGCAGGGAGACCUGGCAGAGGUGCAGAAGUUAUUGAGAAGGGAAAUAAUGGCCUUGCAGCGGGCGUUUGCUGCCAGAGAGAGGGAACAGGCUGGACUCAACAAGUUCCCAUCCUGUGAGGAGCUUGCGAAGUGGGUACAUGUGGUCCUUGAAAUGACAUCGCCAUCGACUGAGUUAACGGACCUAGAUACCAAGUCUCUCCUGGCCAUGGUAACAAAAGAUGACAUCCAGAGAGCCAUGGACAAGAAGAGGACUGAAAUCACUCGGAUGCAGAAAAUGAUGGCAAAGAAAAAGAAAGAGGCGGAGGCAGAGAGAGGGCAGCUUGAAAAACAAAUCGCUGCUGAACAGCUGAAGGUACAGGGAUUGAUGAACCAGUUAUCCAACCUGAUGUCUGAACUUGUGCAAGAAGAGGAGGUCUAUAAAGCUCUUCAGUUGCAGAUAAAGACCCAGGAAGAAAUCACAGUGGAAGCAGAAGAAACCUCUGAGAAGCUACAGGAAGCCAAAAGCCAAGUGAAACAUGGAGGAAAGGAAAGAAAAAAGGUUGUCAGAUUUAGAGAGGAGAUACAAGACACAACAAACCAAAGUGAAUCAACGAGGAGUAAACGCACAGACCAUAAAAGAGACAGACAGGCCAGCCUGAAAGAUCAUCAUGUAAGCAAAAACACAAAUGAAACUUUGAAGACAUCCGCAACUAAGCAGACAAAACAGAAUUCAGAAGCUGUGACAGAGAAACCAGCAAAGUCAGUUAAAGCAGCCAGAGGGCCACAGAAGAACAACGAAGAGCAAGAAUCAAAUUCACAAGAGUCUGUGCGCGCUGUGAGAGGGAGAAGAAAACUCCCUGGAACCGCACAGACCACAGCUACACAACCAAAAAAUCCAGGCAAAGUAAAAAGUGUCAGGGCUCAGUCCACGUCGCAGCAGGCCGCUCCCUCACACAGCAGAAAGAAAGCUGCUGUUGCUCCAGAUGAUGCUGGAGAGGAGGCACAAAACACUGGCCUGAGAAGAUCCAAGAGAAUAGCAAGCAGGAGGUGAAGGUAUGUUAGCAGCUCAGAUACUAGGUGCAGCUUUAGGGAUGGCAAUGUUGAGUCCACAAUGAAAUAUCUGUAACUGUUGGAUGGAUGAAUCCUUGCACCUUUGUUGAUCCUGACUUUUCCUGUAGCACCACCAUGAGGUUGACUUAAAAAAAACUAAUGACAUUUCCAUCAGUCUCAGCUGUACUCUGUGUUCAGUGCUUAUUAGAGCUAUUAACAUGCUAAUACACUAAACUGAGAUGGUGAUUGUAUCUACAAUGCAACAUGCAAAUGUUAGAAUUGUCAUAUUUGUGAUUUUAGCAUGCUAGUGUGUG